AUGGCGGAGCGGGUGAUGAAGCGAACGCCGGAGCUCCUGGCGAUCCUGGUGAAGAGAGGAGAAGAGGCUGUUGGCGGGGAAGAAUACCUCAAGAAGAGUGACCGGAGUGCGCCAGCUGCGUCUCAGACAGCAGAGAGCAAGGAGCUGCAGCGAGGGCGAGAAGAAUCCGAUGAGUUGUUGUGCGCACUGCGGAUAGCGCAGGGUCUCGGAGAUCUCCGAAGCUUCUUCCCCAACCUCGGGGAGACUUUCUUCACUCCUCUCUUCCACUCCCUCGAGCGUCUCUCCUCCUUCGACUCCCUCCUCUCCGAGUACUCCAAGCGCCUCCCUACCGUCGUCAUGAUCCUCCUCUCUCUUUGGAGCCCUCAAAUGUCAACCCGCAAGGAGCAGUUCCUCCGAGCUGUUCCCGUCCUCGCCAGCUACCUGGACAAGAAGCACUCAGGAGUGAAGUUUUCAGCCGCUUCCCUGCUUGAGAGCUGCCAUCACUACUCCCCGCAGUCGCUUGAGUCAGAGACGGAGCGCAUGAUCCAUGCCCUGAAAGACGGCUCCCUUGUUCUCCUCCCGGCCCUUGCCCACAUGUUCGAGAUCCAACCGGACGCACAAGGGAUGUGGGAGGAGCACCUCGAGUGGCUGUUCGACAUGUACGAAGGACGGGUCUCCUCCUCUUCUUCCUCCUCCUCCAAACGCGACGAGCAGCGGGCAGCGCUUGCGCUUCUUUUUCGUAACAUGGCAAAACACAACUUUGCGAUCCUUCAGCCCUACGUGGGGAGACUUGCAGGAGGACUGAAGGAUGAAGUGACGUGCGGGAGCAUCGCUGAGGCCCUGUACGAGAUCGCCAAGAAAGACCCCAGGCCCAUGCUGGGUAGGAGAGAGAGAGAAGGGGGGGAGAGAGGCGACGAGAAUGAGAAGGUGAUAGGAAUCAUCGAUGACAUCAAAGACACGUUGAAAGUGAUGCCGCAAGAUCACGACAAGCUGAUAGCUCUGCUUGGAGUACUUGGAAUGAGCGAUCCUGUGACUGCUGACGACUUGUCAAGGUGA